ACGCAUAGAAUAUUUAAACCAUAAUUUGACUUCAAAUAAUGAAUCAUGAUUGGGAGUGCUAGCGACCAUUCAACCCUAUAUCUGCACUGGAAAGUGGUUUUAAAUUGUUUUCCGGAGAUAAAGAUCCGAUCCGAUUCUUAAGAAAAAUGAAGAUUAAUAUAAUAAAUUAUAAAUUAAAUGUGAUUUGACUUAAAGAUGAUGAUAUCAACAUAAAAGAAGUGGAAUACUUGAAUUUACAUUUAGCAUUUAAGUGCUAGAGAAAGAGAUAGAAAGAAAAAUGCAUUUGAGCGAGAAUGAAGGAAUUGAAGGGAAGACAUUUUUAGUAACCGGUGGUUUAGGCUUUGUGGGUGCUGCUCUUUGCCAUGAACUUCUUCGAAGAGGUGCUCACCAAGUUCGAUCUCUUGACCUUCGUUCUUCUUCGCCAUGGUCUUCCUUGCUCUCUCAACCUGCCUUUGUCUCUUUCAUCGGGGAUAUUACAAAUCAAAAGGAUGUCAAAAAGGCUCUACGUGGAGUGGAUUGUGUUUUCCACGUUGCUUCUUAUGGCAUGUCUGGAAAAGAUAUGCUUCAAUUUGGUCGCAUUGACAAGGUUAAUAUAAGUGGAACCUGCCUCAUACUAGAUGCCUGUGUAGAAUUUGGGGUCAAGAGGCUUGUCUAUGUGAGUACUCCUAACGUUGUUUUUGCGGGAAAAGAGAUUAUCAAUGGUGAUGAAACUAUGCCUUAUCUGCCUCUGGAUGACCAUAUAGAUCCUUACGGCCGCAGUAAAUCCUUGGCUGAACAGCUGGUUUUGAAGUAUAAUGGCUGCCCUUUUAGGGAGAAGAAUGGGCAUCUUUACACUUGUGCCAUACGUCCUGCUGCUAUUUAUGGACCUGGUGAAGAGAGACACUUCCCCAGGAUGUUGAAUUUAGCAAAGUUAGGUUUGUUGUUUUUUACAGUUGGUGAUUCAACAGUUAAACAAGACUGGCUUUAUGUGGAUAAUCUUGUACUGGCUCUUAUAUUAGCCAGCAUGGCACUUUUGGAUGAUAUUCCUGGGAGAGAGGGAUGUCCAGUGGCCGCUGGUCAGGCAUACUUUAUUUCUGAUGGAUGUCCCAUCAAUUCUUUUGAGUUCUGUCGUCCUCUCUUUAAGAGCAUGGAAUAUGAUCUACCAAAGACCUCAUUAAGUGUUCCUUCAGCUCUUUUGGUCGGAAAGCUAUUUUGGGUUCUGUAUACCAUUCUGUCUCCAUGGCUUAACAAAUCAUGGUUUCCUCAACCUUUGCUUCUUCCUAUUGAAGUAUACAAGGUUGGUGUUACGCAUUACUUCUCUUUGCGCAAAGCCAAGGAGGAGUUAGGUUACUUUCCUAUGGUGAGUCCCCAGGAAGGAAUGACAGCGAUGAUUACAUAUUGGAAAGACAGGAAGAGGAAAAGCUUAGAUGGACCGACAAUAUAUGCAUGGUUAUUCUGCAUCCUUGGAAUGUCUACUUUGAUAGGUGUUGCUCUAUUUCCCAAUUUCGGUCCUUUCUCACCCAUCAAAGCUCUUGCUCUCUUCUUGUAUGGCUCAUUGCAUAAUAUCAGGAUAAUAUGUUUUUUGGCUGUGGGUAUGCACAUUGUGGAGAGCAUAUAUGCGUGGAACCUUGCGAAAAAAGUAGACCCUGAUAACGCAACAGGUUGGUGUUUGCAAACUCUUGCUCUUGGAAUCUUUUCCCUGCGUUUUCUACUGAAAAGAGCAAAGAGCUAGUAGAACCAAGUCUGCACCUCACCUUGCUGUGUGUUUCGUCAAACCAUAUUUGAGGUAUGAUUGACACUUACAGUUCCAGUUACAGUUACAGUUACAGUUCCAGUUCCAGUUAUUACAUAGUAGCACGUGACCAAAUAAUAUAAGAUGUCUGCAGUAGUCUCCUGAGUCCUGAGUGAGAUCAAGGGGUUCAUUCAAACUAGAAUACAUUGAAUUGGAGAUCCAUAUUAUAUCAAUAUGGUUUCAGACUCCAUCAUCUAUCCAAAUUUAUUUGCCUCAAUUCUUUGUGGAUUAUGUAAAUUCUAUUUAUAGUUUGUUUCACUUAAAUUGGAUAAGAUAUCAAUUUUUAUAUAAAACUUAUUAUUUCAAGCU